GCGCUCACUCCUGCACUGAAUGCUUCGAGAUGCACACUCUACUUGCACUACUUCUUUUCGUUGUUGUCUUCGUGGUCCCUAAUCAGGUGAUUGCCGAUGACGACUCGAAGGAUGUUGAAAAGCGUCAAGUCAGUGUUUUAGCUCGUGACGGACAUUUGCCUUACGAGGGAAAGCGUUAUGUGGGUGACAAGAAAUCCGACUCGAAGAACUCCAUCGAUCAAUGGAGAAACUCAAACGAAGACCCUUCUGUAUUGUUCAUGAGCAAGAGGUAUGUCGGGGCGUUAGCUAAGACCGGAGAUCUACGCUUUAGGCAAAGAGAAGAAAAGAGAGAGGAUGUUGAUACUCUAAUAGAUGAACUUUUAACUGCGGAAGAAUUGCGAAAGAUUAGGCUGCAAGCUCUCCGCGAGGAGUUGUUAAAGCAACAGGAAGAAGAAGAUGACGAGGAUAUUGAGAAGCGAUCAUUAGCCUCCCUGGUGCGAUCUGGAUCAUUACCGAUCUCCGGUGACAAAAGAAGUAUUGCGUCAAUGGCAAAGGCUGGUUAUCUGAGAUCCCCAAACAAUCAUAUGUCUGAUGACUACGACAAAAGAGGCAUUUCAUCCUUAGCGCGAAACGGACAACUUCCAGCGUUUGGAAAGCGAGGUGGCAUUUCUUCAAUAAUGAGAAACGGGUAUUCCUACCAAAAGAGGAACUUUGAUUCUGAUCUGGAUAGCUUGCUUCUUGACGAGUACGAUGUUGAUGAUAAGAGAAACGUUGCGUCUCUUGCAAGGUCAUAUAAUUUGCCUGCAAUGGGGAAAAGGAAUAUUGCGUCUUUUGCGAGAAACGGUUGGAUCCAGGAUUUUGGCUCGAACCCUAAGCGAGCUUUGUAUGAAGAAUGGGAUGACUCUUUUGACGAGUCUAAGAGAAACCUACCGUCUCUUCUACGGAACAGAGUCUCACCACUCGUGGAAGGAAAACGAUAUCUAGGCGCUUUUGUUGCUAGUAACAGAUUGCCGUAUUCUAAACAGAAUUAUGAUGAUUCCAAGAGGAAUAUGGCUUCCAUGGUAAGAACCUGGAAUACUCCUGAGUCCAGAUAUGGGUCUAGAUAUGGGAAACGAGAUUGGUACGACGACGAAAUUGACAGUGACGAUUUAGCUAAACGCUAUGUGUCAUCCCUUCUCAAACAAGGUCCAUUGCCUGUGUCUUCAGAAAAUAUUGAAACGAACAGCGAAGAUACCCAAAACUACAAUGCGGAACAAGCAAAGGAAGACGCGUCGGAAAACAUUGGUGAGGAAAAGAGACAUGUUGGAUCCCUGCUGGCUCACAAGAGUUUUGCAAUGAGGAAAAAGAAGUCUAUUACACUAGAAGAUCAGUUUGGUGACCAAGCACCCACAGCAAGUAGUCCUCUAAAGGCUCGAUCUGACGAAAAUAAAAUGAACAACGAAUUGCAACAAAAUCAGAGGCAAAAGAGAGAGGCAUUUGCAGACUUCGCACCUGUUUCAGACGAAUACCCGAUGCCAGUCCUACAAAACACAGAGGUCUCUGAAUAUGAUGAUGGGAAUUUAAGAGCUAAUUCUGAGGAGCAAAACACAAGAAAGAAGAGAUAUUUUGGCGCCCUCGCUAGGAACGGCUGGUUGCCUCAGAACCACUACUACAAGGGCGCCGUGUCCAAGCGUCACAUCGGCGCCCUAGCUAGGCUCGGGUGGCUCCCCUCCUUCAGAAAUGUCCGAGGGUAUAGCCGCUUCGGCAGAGAUACCCGCUCUCCGUGCAAGAGAAACGCUGCUCCUUUAAGUGAGGGGGGGUGGGAAGAUUCCUGGGGGGCGUCUUCCGCACGUGGGGAGGUCCCGGUCCAACAACCCCAACUCUGGGAGGCGCCGCCACUAGACUGGACAGAGGAUGAGGCCGAAGAGGAAGUAGAGGACCCUGUAAAGCGAUACCUCCUAAUACCCGCUUUGGACAAUAUACUACUCAGGAGAAACCCCAUCAACUGGAUACAUUAACCCUACAGCCUAUCCCAAAUUAUCCUGAGAUUAAUUUUUUUCUAUGUUAGAUAGUUUCACUAUGUUUUUCACGUAUGUUGUAUUUGCACCGUUGCAAUUUUGUUGCAAAACCUUUCAAUUUGUAAAGGUUCAAUUGUCUACCAUAAGCUUACGGUUGAUGCAAGUUUGAACAAGACUUUGAACCAUCUUCCGAAAAUGUUAUACAGUUUUGACAAUAAAUUGAAUCACUGGAAAUAUGAAUUUUGAAAAAUGUAUGACAAGAGUUGGCUAUAAAUAAUCGUGAUGAGUUACCCUUCAUUGGGCUUAUCUCUAGACUAUUUAGUGUUUUAUGUUUUGACCAGAUGAAACAUUAAAUAAAUGUGUUAACUCAUCUCUAUUUCAAAGUGAAGUUUUUAUUUUUGCUAAACUACUUAGUAAAUCAUAUUAUUUUUAAAAUCUGUCAAAGUUAUAAGCUCAGAAAUAUUACAUUCCGAAAAGAUUUGAAUUCUUUUGUUUAUCACAGCCAAUCAACGCUUUUGAGUCUAUAAUAUGUAAAGUUUUUAUUUUCUAUAAGGUGUUUGUGUUAUUUUGGGAAAGGGAAGAAGGGAUUCGUAUGUUCGUUUGUCUUGUAUUUUGCAUUUUUAUCAUAACAUUAUUAAAGCACUUUAUUUAAGUUGAGCUGUAUUGGGAUCUCUACUUGUAAACGUGCAUGGAGUAGAAAGGUUUUUAUUAUUCUGGCAUUGUGCAUGGAAGGGAGUUAAUAUUUGUUGGAUAUAGCCGAUAAUUAAUUAUUUUCAUCACAGUCAUUAUUUCAAUCAUCUUGCUAAAUAAACCAAGUAGCUGUACUUCAGACUAUCCGUCUUCCAAAAUGUACUUGCCUGCCUUAAAAUCCUUACACGUCACUGCUUUACUAUGUAGGUCGUUAGUGACCAAGAUAUUUUAUACACUCAUCAUCUAAGGUGACAAUAAAUUGUAAUAGAUAUAUCUAAAUACGACUAAAACCCUUGACAAUAAUGAAUCCAAGCAGAUGGAUUAAAGAAUAUUGGUAAUCCAUGAAAAACUGAGACUGCUUAAGAGGUAUAACUUACACAAUCAGAAGCAUAUUUGUAUAUUAUACUAUUUAAUUAUUUACUCCUAUCACCUAUCCACAGAAAGAAGGGUCCUUUUGUAAAUUGAAUAAUUUUAUAAAGUCAUGAGAAUAUAAUCUUAUAAGUGUCAUUUGUAUGCAUACCUAUCCACUACAUAUCUAUUUAACCUAGCAGAGACAAUAUUUAUGAUAACCGACAAUAACUAUUUGUCAGCACUGGUUACACAAUCUUGCACUAUAGACUUAUUAUUCUUGUAUAGAUGGAUAAUCUUCGGUUGCUAAACGUAUAUUUUCGAAACCGUUUUCAAUCUCGGCUUGGGAUAUGUGAGGUCCGUAAGCUUGAAUUAUUUUAUCAAGACCAUCUUGUUUAGAGCUGCAUGUACGUGUUGAAGUUUUUGUUAUUUGUAAUAUUAUAGUACCAAAUGAGGUUGUACAAUAAAAUUGAUCUCCUCGA